AUGGAAGCCGACACUCUCCUCCGACAGUUCUGGGAGCUCGAAAAAACCGACUCGGAUUUGGAAACCGCAUUCAGUCCAGAUGAUCAGACCAUCGUGGAUGCAACUGUCAAAUCAAUGGUGAAGAACGACCAGGGACAUCAAGUAAGUGUGCCGUGGCGUAAAGACGGCCCACAACCACCCAACAACCAAGAGAUGACGAUGCAGCGACUCCGUAGCACCGAACGGCGUUUAGCAAAGCAACCAGAUGUAGCAGCAUCAUACGACAAAAUCAUUCAACAGUACUUGGAAAAAGGGUACGUUCGACUAGUCUUACCAGGCGAGCCCCCUCUACCAUCCAAAUGGCUGCUACCACACUUCCCAGUACUCAGACCGGACAAGAGUACUACCAAGGUGCGUAUCAUGUUUGAUGCAUCUGCUCGCCUUAAUGGAGUCUCGCUGAAUGAUACGAUACAUCAGGGUCGUAAGCUGCAACAGGAUCUAGCGAAAGUACUACUUCGCUUCCGCAAGAAUCCGAUCGCAGUGGCCUGUGAUAUCAGUGAGAUGUAUCUCCAAAUUCAUCUUGCUGAAGAGGAUCGUCCGUACCACCGAUUUCUGUGGCGCAGUGACCCAGGGUGGGACAAUGAACCAGACGAGUAUGAAUUCACCAGAGUCGUGUUCGGUGUUAAUUGCUCACCAUUCCUCGCACAGCUGGUCACCCAGGAGCACGCUAAGGCAAACAGUAGCAAAUGGCCGCAAGCAGCUGAGACCGUCCUUCAGUCGACAUACAUGGAUGACAGUCUGGAUUCAGCACCAUCAGUUGCAGAUGCAAUCAGCCUCUAUCGACAACAUUCAGAUCUGUGGAGUGACACUGGAAUGGUUGCUCGCAAGCGGAUCUCCAAUUCAAAGGAAGUACUAGAGCAGACACCAGCAACAGACUGA